ACGUGGUAAAAUCUGAGAGAAGCGGAUGCUUUUGUGUGCGUUCAGACAGCAGUACCUUGUGAAUGCCUUGUGCUACCGUAAUACACCGAAUAUCUCAGGCAUCCAGGUACGAGGCUGUCCUGCAGUUUAACGGAGGCACGCAUGGAGUUCGAGGAGUCCGGUAUCGGGGAGGAGUGCGGGGUUUUCGGGUGUGUCGCUGCCGGAGAGUGGCCCACUCAACUGGACGUGGCUCAGGUCUUAACUUUGGGGUUGGUGGCCUUACAGCACAGGGGGCAGGAAUGUGCUGGGAUUGUCACAAGUAAUGGAGCCAGUCCACCCACAUAUGCAGCACACAAGGGAAUGGGAUUAGUGAGCACCGCUUUCUCACCCGAGGCUCUUACUAAACUGCGCCAUGGUAACCUCGGCAUUUGUCACACACGCUAUUCAACUACUGGGAUGUCAGAGCUGCAGAACUGCCAGCCCUUUGUGGUGGAUACACUGCAUGGCAAGAUUGCUGUAGCACACAACGGAGAGCUGGUUAAUGCCCAUGCCCUGCGGAAAAAGGUGAUGCGCCAUGGUGUCGGCCUCUCCACCAGCUCAGACAGCGAGCUCAUCACCCAGCUGCUGGCACUGACUCCACCUAUGGAGGAGCUGGACUCACCUGACUGGGUUGCAAGAAUUAAAAACCUCAUGACUGAAACACCAACAUCAUACUCACUGCUGGUCAUGUUCAAAGAUGUGAUUUAUGCCGUGCGUGAUCCUUAUGGAAAUAGGCCGCUGUGCAUUGGACGGCUUGUUCCCAUCUCUAAACUACACGGCCCAGGCGCUGAAGAGGAAGACACUGAGGGCUGGGUUGUGUCAUCAGAGUCGUGCAGCUUCCAGUCUAUUGGUGCCAAGUAUUACAGAGAGGUCUUGCCAGGAGAGAUAGUCCAGAUAUCCAGACAUGGAGUCAAGUCUCUGAGUGUUGUGCCCCGCCCUGAGGGAGACCUCCCAGCCUUCUGCAUUUUUGAAUAUGUUUAUUUUGCCAGGCCAGACUCUAUUUUUGAAGGACAGAUGGUCUAUACAGUCAGGCAGCGCUGUGGUCGGCAGUUGGCCAUCGAGUCUCCGACUGAUGCAGACGUAGUCAGCACUGUGCCAGAGUCUGCGACCCCUGCUGCUCUGGGCUACGCUCAGCAGUCUGGUCUUCCAUACAUCGAGGUUCUGUGUAAGAACCGCUACGUUGGAAGAACGUUUAUCCAGCCAAAUACCCGCUUGAGGCAGCUCGGAGUGGCCAAGAAGUUUGGAGCACUGACCGACAACUUUGCUGGGAAACGAGUGGUGCUCAUUGAUGACUCCAUCGUCAGGGGCAACACAAUUUCCCCCAUUAUUAAACUGCUGAAGGAAGCUGGUGCCAAAGAGGUCCACAUCAGAGUUGCCUCUCCACCAAUCAUGUUCCCUUGCUACAUGGGCAUCAACAUCCCAACCAAGGAAGAGCUCAUUGCCAACAAGCCGGAGUUUCAGGACAUUGCUGGUUAUAUUGGUGCUGCCAGUGUGAAAUAUCUGACUGUGGAGGGCCUCGUAUCUGCUGUCCAGGAGGGUAUUGCUUCCCAUAAUGAAAAGGACAAAAUGAAUUCCAAUAACAAGUCCAGCAGGAAAGUGGGCCACUGCACUGCCUGUCUGACUGGGAAAUAUCCAGUGGAACUGAAGUGGUAACUGCUGUGCCAGCACGUCCACAGCAGCACUGUGGAUGUGCUGCAAGCUUUAAAAGAAACUGUUAAAUAUAUGGUUUAUCUCAGGGCUGCCACCAUCUGGGACAUUAAGAUGCUACACUACAGAGGGUCAUUAUGUUCAGGACCUUAAAGAUUCUGAAAAUGUUGCUUUUCCUCACCUCUGGGGACUUUGUUAUUUAUUUAUUUUUAUUUCCUGUUACUGGAUGUGUUUCUGACCACAAAUACUUUUUUUUUUUUUUUUUUUGUGACAUGUUGGAAUGCAUAUGGAAACAAACUAAGUAUUUACAGUCAUGGUUAUUAGAAUUUGCCAACAGACAAUGUUGUGAGUGAUCACCCAGCAGAGGGAACCAGGCAGAAUGGUGUUCAUCUUUGGGAUGAUAUUGAAAUUCUGGACACAGAAAAAAGAUUAAAAUAUUGUUGUAGAAACAUGUAAAUAAACUGUAGUAGUGAUACUUAA